AUAUGAUAUUUAAAUAAAGGUCAUAAUACAUAUUUUACUCAAACUAAAGUAUAAUAAGUUUGUAAUAUUACAAAUUCUUUAUUAAUUUAAAACACCCGCGCUAAUUGUGAUUGGCAGCACUGUUUUAGGCGGAAAUUGUCAAUCGCGAUUGACAAGCAAACCUCUUUUAAGUUCCAUUCCCGUCGGAUUACACGUGGAUUAUAAAUUAGGCAACAUGGUAGCCCAAAAGAAACAGAAAAAGACCAUUGAAAGCAUAAACAGCCGUUUGGCUUUGGUUAUGAAAUCAGGCAAAUUUUGCUUGGGAUACAAACAAACCUUAAAGACAUUGCGUCAAGGAAAGGCAAAACUUAUCAUCAUCUCCAACAACACCCCACCCCUAAGGAAAUCCGAAAUUGAAUACUAUGCUAUGUUGGCCAAAACUGGAGUCCACCACUACUCUGGAAACAAUGUAGAAUUGGGCACAGCUUGCGGUAAAUACUUCAGGGUAUGCGCUAUGUCCAUCACAGAUCCAGGUGAUUCUGAUAUCAUCAGAUCUAUGCCAGCUGGUGAUGGUGCUCCACAAUAAAUUAUUUGAUUAGUUUUAUUUGUAACAACCUAAUAUUAAACAUAUAAAAUUUUUCA